UAGUUAGGCGCUUAGUUAAAACUAAACCAAUGAGAACAACAUAUCUACACUUUUUGUGCUACUACUACUCCUAUUAUCGUAUAAAUGGCCUUCAUUUACUACUUAAAACAAUAUAUACAGAGAGAUAUUAAAUAAACCUCCAUUUUCCCUCUACCAAAUAAUCUAAAUCAUUGAUGAAUUAAAACAAAAACGACAACAAGAGCAACAACCAAAAAGGCUGAUUUGCACUUGGUGGUUUGUGGUUGAGUUUUUUCACUGCAGCUGUUGGUUAAAAGAAAGAUAUACACAUAAAAAGAAGAACGCCAUUCCAAGCAUACUACACAAAUCAAUCUAUAUAUAUUGUAUAUUACACGCCUACAUUCAUCUUUAUAAAGACACACGCGCACACACACACGCACAAACAAACACACACAUGCAGUCAUUUGACUUUGAAAGCAAAAGAAAAUCAAUACACUAAGAUUAAAGUUGACCAUUAUUACUUAUCGUCAUCAUAAUUAUUAUUAUUAUUAGUCAGUAAAGGAUUUAUUGACGCUCCAACAGUAUAAAUAUCAGACUGAUCACAGAGAUUCAACUCUAAAUACACAACUCAUAACAUCACACACAUGUACCACACGACAACAAUGUUCAAAAUCCUCAGUAGUAUUAUCCUCUAUUCAACCUUAUUAAUACACCUAAUGGAGGGUAGAUUAAACAAUAAUAAUAAUAAUAAUAUGAAAAAGACAGCACACGGUAUUGAUGGAUCUAUACUCUUAGAAUUACUUCACACUAUGACAAAGACACAAAAGACAUCAGACACUGGGAAUUUCGCCUAUUCAUGGGGAAACAAGAAGACACUACUAACUUCAAAUGAUGAUAAUUUUGAUGAUUGGAUCAAUUAUUUAAAUAUUUUUAAACAAUUAAUAAACUAUUUCAAAAUUAUGAAUCAAAUGCUCGCAUGGAUUUUAUUAUGUUCUUAUUAUUUAAGUAUUACUGUAAUUACUCUGUUAAUGAUUAAACUAAUUAGAAAAUUGUUGUGUUUAAUUUUUAAUAGUAUACAAAAUUGAUUACAAAAAAGAG